GUUGUCAAUCAGGAAGCUCUUCUUUCAAAAUUGGGUGUGUAGUAUAACGUCAACACAGACAAUUGUUUUUACCCAUUGGAUUUUUAAAAAGGGACUUCACCUGACAACCACAUACAGUUCAACAAAUACCUGCCCCGUUGAAGAAAAGAAGACAUUCUACAGUAGGAUCCUGAAUGUUCGGUGUGUCGCGCAGAGAUGGCGUUGCAGGAACGAGCGCGGAGCUGUUUGCUGCGCUUUCGCCACAGACUGGAGCAGGACAUCAAGCCCUCCUACCUGAUGGACCACAUGAUCAGUGAUGGUGUGCUGACUGUGGAUGAGGAGGAGAGGAUCAAUAACAAGCCCACCAAGAAGGAUCAGGCUGUGGCCCUGUUGGAUCUGCUGCUGAGGAAGGACAACCGUUCCUACAUCUCCUUUUACAACGCCCUGGUCAAGGAGACAUACAAUGAUUUGGCCAGUCUGCUUCAUGAUGACCUACCGCAGACGUCACCUGAUGCACAUAAGAGUUCCUAUGUUAGCUUCACACCCUGUGGUGAGGAAGGGCAGUCGUGGGUGUUUUCACCAGUGGAGAGAAUGGAAGUCGAGACGGUGCUCAGUGAAGGUGGGGUACCACAGAGGCCCGUUGUGUUUGUCAACAGACCAGAGCUUGUGAACCGUGUCAGGGAGAAACUCUACCGGCUGCAGAAGGACCCUGGCUGGAUCACUGUCUUUGGAAUGGCUGGCUCGGGCAAAUCCGUCCUGGCUGCUGAGGCUGUCCGAGACCGUGACCUCAUUAAUGAGUGCUUCCCCGGAGGCAUUCACUGGCUGUCCAUCGGCCAGCUGGACAAACCAGACUUGCUGGUGAAGAUCCAGUCAUUGUGUUAUCGUCUGGAACAGAGCCUGGAUUCCCAGUCCCUCCACCGCACGCCCAACUCUCUGGAUGAGGCCAAGGAGCGCCUGCGCUUCCUCAUGCUGCGCAGAUAUCCGAGAGCGUUGCUGAUUCUAGAUGAUAUCUGGGACAGUACAGUGCUGAAGGCGUUCGAUAUCCACUGUCGGAUUCUUUUGACCACCAGAAAUAGAAGCCUCGCUGAUUCUGUUAGUGGUGCUAAACAUGAGGUGGAAGUGGAGAGUGGUCUGGAUGAAAAAAAGGGGCUGGAGAUCCUCGCUCUGUACACUAAAACUAAACUCCAGGGACUUCCUGAGGAGGCUCGCAGCAUUGUCAGAGAAUGCAAAGGUUCCCCUCUGGUUGUCUCCCUGAUCGGGGCUCUACUCAAAGAGAAACCUAACCGUUGGCGUUACUACCUCGGCCAGCUGCAGCAGAAGCAGUUCAAGCGUAUAAGGAAGUCAUCGUCUUAUGACUACGACGCCCUCGACCAAGCCAUGGCGGCCAGCAUUGAAGUCCUACCUGAUGAACAUCGAGAGCUCUACAAGGACUUUACUGUGCUGGAGAAGGACAUCAAAGUCCCUGCAAAGGUGCUGUCUGUUCUUUGGGACUUGGAGCCGGAGGAUGUGGAGGACAUUCUUGGGGAGUUUGUCAACAAGUCUCUGCUUUUUAUGGACAGUCACAAUAAACCCAACCUGUACUACCUCCAUGACCUCCAGCUUGACUUCCUGGUGGAGCAGAAUCGCACUCAGCUUGAGAGCCUCCACGCUAAGGUGGUUCAUCAGUACCAGCAGCACUACAGAGAUGGUCCCCCCACCUCUGGAGAUGAGGAAUGUCUCUACUGGAUCAGAUUCCUCACCUACCACAUGGCCAAAGCCAACCUCUCCCAGGAGCUCUACUCCCUCAUGUUUUCUCUGGACUGGGUCAGCAUCAAGUCCAAGAUAAUGGGACCAGCUCACCUCAUCAAUGACUAUGUGGAGUUUGGACCCAUUCUGGACAAAGAGAACAGUGAAGUGCGUAGUCAAUUCCAAGAGUUUCUGUCUCUGAACGGCCACCAGCUGGAGCAGCGUCCUUUCCCUGACGUGGUGCAGCUUGCUCUGUCUCAGCCACAUACCUCCGAGGUGUACAGACAGGCUCUGCUGCAGGCGCAGGACCGGACCAGCAAAGGGAAACUCUACUUCAACUGGCUGAAUAAGAGCAGUGUAGAGAGUCUGUCCCGUCUGGUGAUCCACCCCCACCAGGGCUCCAUCUACUCCGCCUGCUUCUCCCAUGAUGGAGCCAAGAUCGCCACCAGUGGAGCUAGCAAGACAGUCAAGGUGUUUAAAAGCACCUCAGGUGAGAAUCUCGCAGAGAUCCAGGCCCAUGAUGAUGAGGUGCUCUGCUGUGCCUUCUCCCCCAAUGACCAUCUCCUAGCAACCUGCUCCAGUGACAGGAAAGUCAAGGUGUGGAACCUGGAGCAAGCCAUGCUGUUAAGGGUCUUUGACGAGCAUGAGGAGCAGGUCAACUACUGUCAGUUUACCAACACAGCACGACGCCUCCUGCUGGCCACCUGCUCCAACGACAAAUGCUUAAAUGCCAAGUUGUGGAACCUCAACAAGCCAUCCUCCCAGAACACCUUGUUUGGCCACUUCGAGCCAGUCAACCACUGCUGUUUCUCCCCUGAUGACACCUAUGUGUCCACUUCCUCUAAUGAUGGUACCGUUAAGCUGUUUCAGGUGUCGUCUGCCAAUGAGUGGAAGACAAUCAAUGUGAGGGACAUGUUUACAGAGAGCGAUGAAGAGGUCCCUGUCAAGUGCAGCACCUGGACUGCUGACGGCAAACGCAUCAUAUGUGCAGCCAGGAACGCUGUUCUGGUGUUUGACGUGGAGACAUCGGACAUGUUGUUGGAGAUCAGAACAAAUCGUCUGAGCACGGUGCAGUACUGUCACGCAUGUGCUACCAGUAACCUGCUGGCUAUCGCGUUCUCCAACUAUGCUGUGGAGCUAUGGGACUUGGAGGCCAAUAAGAAGAUGGCUGACUGCAGUGGUCACCUGAGUUGGGUUCAGCGUGUCCAGUUCUCUCCUGACGGCUCACAGCUGCUCUCCUGCUCUUACGACCAGACUGUCAGGUUAUGGGAGACUAAGAAGGUGCACACCACCUCAGCUGUCUGCCUGAAAAGAGACUCUGACGUUCUCUUCAAUAAUGAAGAAAUCAUAGUGUCAGCUGCAGACAACCGCAACAGACUGCAGGUGCGUGAUGGCAGGACAGGAUCAGUGCUGUUCCAGUCGGAGGAGAAGUCGUCCAGGAUCCGGUGUACGUGUAUGUGCAGGCAGCUUUCUGCUGUGGUCCUGGGCCAGGAAGAUGGGACUGUAAAGGCAGCAGGGCUGACAGCUAGUCAGGUACUGAGGACUGUUAGCUGCAGGAUCCGACGACUGUUGACAUCCUUCAGGGGGUUGGUGCUGGCUGUAGGGCUAUGUACAGGCAGCGUACAGGUGUUGGAAGUCCCCUCUGGGAAGCUCCUAGCCUCUCUGCUGGGACACACCAAGACGGUGCUGCACUGCCAGUUCAGCCAGAACGGCCAAACACUUAUCACGUCCUCCGAGGACACCACCAUAAGGGUGUGGAGGUGGCAGUCUGGGGAGUGUAAAGUACUGCAGGGUCACAAGGAACAGGUCAGAUGCUUCUCUCUGCUCUCCAGCUCACCGGCCGACACAAGACUGCUGUCCUGGUCCUUCGACGGCACUGUCAAGAUGUGGAACAUAGAAAGUGGAGAGAAGCUGCAGGACAUCGAAGCUCAUCGGGAAACCAUUCUAUCCUGUCAUGUCUCGCCAGAUGGAUGCCUCUUCGCCACCACCUCUGCUGACAAGACUGCUAAGUUGUGGCACUGCGAGUCCUGGCAGUGUAUCCGCACACUGAGCGGCCACCAAGACUGUGUCCGAAGCUGCCGAUUCUCCUGGGACGGCCGACGCCUCGCAACAGGAGAUGACAAUGGAGAGAUUCGGCUCUGGAGCGUCAAGGAUGGCUCUUUGCUGAAGAUUUGUUCCCGGGAAGGUAAAGACGGUAUGGACUCGCUGCACGGAGGCUGGGUGACCGACCUGCACUUCUCCCCCGACAACUCUCUUCUGGUCUCAACUGGCGGUUACAUCAAGUGGUGGGAUGUGGAGAAAGGCGAGGCCCUGCAGACCUUCUAUCCGAGGGGAACCGCGUUGAAAAGGAUCCACGUCUCAUCCGACUUCUCCACCUUCGUCACCAUUGACAGCAUCGGCAUCCUCUACAUCCUGCAGAAGGUGGUGUGACGUUGCGAACACUGCUCCGUAAGACCAAAAAAAUAAAUAAAGAACACCACGAUCUGACCAAACGGUACAUUUUUUCUUGCAAUAACGUGUAGUGUUGCAGACCUUAUACAGAAGUAGACAUGUUUUGUGGGAUUAAGGACACUUGCUGAAGGCUAACUGAAACCUGCAGCAUCCCAUAACUGCACAUUUCUCAGAUAAGUUUACAUUUCCACUGUGCUCUUUCUACAUUAAGGCUGACACUAGCCAACAGCAUUACAAUAGAACCCACACACUUUCAGUUCUGUGGGGUCAAAUGACUAACUAACUUGACUUUACCAGUGAACACCAGCUUUAAAUAAAAACUGCUCCAGCGGCAAUCAACUGUUGGGAGCGUCAAUGCACCGUGAAAGCACAAGACCCUAAUGAGUCCUGCUCCAAUCUUUCUGUUUUACACAUGAAGACAGUAAAUGCAAAUGCACGCUUUUUGUAGAUAAAAUAGAGCAGAAUCUCCUACAGAAACAAGGAAAGGUGCCUUACAAAGCAACAUGUUCUUCUCAAGCAGAUCCUUUUAAUCAUUAAUACCUCAUGAAGAGGUUAAUAUCAACAGUGAUCUUUGCACCAGUUCAAAUGUGAAUAAUAAAUGUUAAUCCAUAUUGCAUUAGGGCCGAACUUUAUUGCAUGUGAUGUGAGAGAUUUUCCACUCUGCUGUAUGUAAUCGAUAUAAGCGAUCCUCCGCUGGUCCGUUAGAAGUCAUGCAGUGCAUGUGACUGGUCUAUGCUGUGAUGUUUUGUAAUUUUUCCUGUUUGUAUUUUAAAUCUUGGGUAAAUCUUGGGCGUCUGGUCUGAACCUGGUCAUUAGUAUGAACUGUGUUGAGCAUUUUAUUUGCACUGCAGCCUUAGUCUGAAUGGGAAUACUGUAGGUACCAGGGGGUAUGUAUGUUUUGUGUACAGGGGUUUCUCGUUCCACCAGCAUAGAUAGAACUUCUGGUGCACUUUGAGAAGCAUUAAAUAUUGAUAGUUAGAUGAAGUUUUUUAAUGAUUGAGGAUUUAAAAUUGAAUCCCAAAAAAACUUUUGAAAGCCUGUGGGUCUAUUUGUACAUCCGAACUAUUUCUACUCUUGAACUUAGAUCAAAAGUACAUCUUUUUCUACAGGAAAAAAAAAAUCUAGUAUGUGAUUUAUAAUUUAUGAUCAAAAUUUUCACUUGCUAAUGUUAAAAGGAACAUUUUGUGCUUUAUUAAUUGCUGAACUUUUUUGGACCAGUUCUCCAUGCUACUUUUUUUUUACACACAUUUUUAUCUGCACGUUGUCUACUACUACUGAGCCUUUUCCUGUUCUGAGCACUUUGAAGCUAGAGUUACAAUCUUUCAUGAAGCUUUCACUGAGGUGGCUUCGUUCAGACACAUAAAAAGGAAUCCUUGCUAUGAUUUGACAAUACAGAUGAGCGCUUAUUCCCAAGUAUGUGACAGAGAGGCACAUGUCGUAUUCACGUGCUGUAAUAAGGGAAUAAAAGUAAGGAUACAUUUCUGAACAAUGCUGUUGUCAUUUUCACAUUGUGCUCUUCCAGACUGGUGCUUUAAAGUCGGAAUUAAUUCAAUCAACAGAUUUCCUUCCAGUGAGGAGGUCUCUGUUUCACAAAAUUGCGGAAAUAUUGAUGUCUGCUCAGAAUGUAUUGAUUAUACAGUGUGGUGCAAUGUCUGUGUAAUUUAUAAAGGAUUAAACUACACAUGCUUCAA